AUGUUGCAAAUUCGACUACCACAUUUGAAGUCACCCCAAGCUAACCUAGACGACUCUAGACACACUAAAGCUAUCUUCAUGUCUCCUCAAUUAGAUCACUUGAACAUGCUGGUUUUACCCUCACAAAUCAUUGAAAAAGCCAUUCAGUUUCUUUCCCAUUUAGAUCAAACCGCUAGUUCCAGCACCAACAUCCUUUCACCCUUAAUCAACUAUUACGACACCUGUAAUCAUUCUGGGUCCGACACUAGUCAUAUCAUCCCGAUAAUAGCCCGCGUCACUUGGAAGUACAUAUUCCAUUCCCGUUUAGACAUAUCCUCAGUUAUCUACCAUUGUGAGUGGUUGAAACGGUUCACCAUUGACGUUGGUGAUCACAUGAAGUUCAGUGACUGGGCUAUGGCAAUGAAUGCUACAAGUACAGGAAGCGAUACCGACGAACAUAAUGAUCUUGUCGUAAGCAAAUCCUUCCUUGGUUUAGUUGGUGCGUAUUUGGGCAAAUUCAUGUCGAUUACUAAUGUGCAGAUAUCGGGAGAGCGAGUGAAGGAAGUGGAAGACGGAAUCAACAAGUUGUUGGAGUUGGCAUUUCAAGAUCGGAUGUCGCGGGAAUUUACAAGAAGAUUCCUGGGUCUUUAUCCCUAUAUCGGGGAGUAUGUUUCCCAAAGACAGGAUUCGGUGCCCUGUAAGGUUAUGCAUCAGAUCAUUAACGAGCUAUCAAUGACCAUUGAAGAAGCAUUUAAGAUUGUGUUGCAGACUUUGGAUCAUGGAAUAACUACGCACUUAGAUUUUAGACUUGUUGACAAACUUCGGGUUGCCAUUGAGACAAUUCAUCAGAACGAUUUGGAGGUUAUUUUGCAAGCUUUUAACAAGUUAAUUUGCAAGACUUCGCUUGUGAUGACACUCAACUAUUUGAACUAUAUUCUCUCGUAUAAGCUCAGUAAUCGUAACCCAAAUUUGGUUUUGCCAGUUACCAUUACUCGUCAGUUUGAGUGUUUUGUUCUCCCACCGAUAUCCAAAUUAGAAGUACAAGAUCCAAAGGAGGAAAUAGAAAAGGUGUUUGAACAGAUGUAUGAAAGUGAAAUUCCGGAAAACUUAUCUGUGAUUCAAUUUCGCACUUUGCAAUUGCUUGCACGGUUCCUUCCUCAAGAGGCACCCACGAUUGAACACACAAGUCAGGUUAAAAUUGCUAGUUUGACGAGCAAGAUUGUUGAGCAAUUCAAUGGAAUGGUUAUUUCUUCGCUCAUUUCGGCUUUACUUGUCGAUAGCAACAACAAGUACAAACAGGAAGUGGUUUUUUCAACAUUCCACACGCUCCUCUCGGUCAAGUACACAACGAAAUCGAACAAGAUCUGGAUCACGCUUAUCAACGCCGUGAACGAUAUUUGCUAUGCUGAUUUACGGUAUAUUCCCAACUUCAUAACACUUUUUGAGUACUUGAUGAAGAAGGAUGCCACUAUUGUGGAUGAUGAAUUGAUUAGCGGCGGAUUGACUUUUUUCAUUGAUACGUUUGAUCCGGAGUACAAGUGGUUUUCCAAAAGAGAGACACCAGUUCAAUUAAAUUACGAGAUCAAGAUGGAAGAUUACAAGUUCUUGUAUGGUGAUGCACCAACUACACCUGUUAAACAAGGAAGACAACAAAGCAUUCAUGUUGAUCAAUUCAAGUAG